UAAUCGUUCCCCUGCCUUCACAUCCUCUCUCUUAUGGACACGCUCUCACUCCGAGGUCUUAUGGACAGGUGGCCUCGACCCUCCCUAUAAAUAUAGCCGAGCAGCCCUCCUUCCCUCACAGCCUCGCCCUGCUCGAUACCACACCUCCCUUCGUGCGAAGCCCACCUCCGAAGCUGCUCUGUUUUCCUCUGUUUUCGUUGCUCGAGAGCCAUGGUGGUCUUAACCAGUGCGACACUCGAACAAAUUACCCUACCGGUUGCACCCAAGCUCGGCACGUAUUUCUCGGGUACUCCCGUCAUAAACCUUGCGCAACCGGGCUUGGAGACCCUCCUUGUGAGAGCCUGCGAGGAGUUCGGGUUCUUCAAGGUGACCAACCAUGGGAUCCCCGUGGAACUCAUGGCUAGGCUGGAAGCCGAGGUUGUGAAGUUCUUCGCCCUUCCUCAGACGGAGAAGGAUCGAGCAGGGCCUGCCGACCCAUUUGGUUACGGAAACAGGACCAUUGGUUUUCAUGGAGAUAUGGGCUGGGUGGAGUACCUCCUCUUGGAUGUCACUUCCAAGCCCAUGUCUCACACCUCACUAGCCUUUCUCGAAGAACCUGCCGCAAGCUCUUUGCGCUCUGCUCUGAGUGAUUAUGUCUCAGCUACGAGGAAGCUGGUCAGCGAGAUUUUAGAGUUGAUGGCUGAAGGGCUGAGGAUUCAGCCGAGAAAUAUUUUGAGCAAGAUGGUCACGGACGAGGAGAGUGACUCGAUGCUUAGGUUGAAUCACUACCCUCCGUGCCCACACCUUCAAGGGCCGGACUGUUGCCUGACUGGAUUUGGAGAGCACACGGACCCACAGAUUAUUUCAGUUUCGAGAUCGAACAACACCUCAGGGCUGCAAAUAUCUCUGAGGGAUGGGAGUUGGGUCACAGUUCCACCGGACCAGGACUCCUUUUUCGUCAAUGUUGGCGACUCCUUGCAGGUUCUGACAAAUGGGAGAUUCAGGAGCGUGAAGCACAGGGUUUUGGCCAACGGCUUGAAAUCCAGGGUCUCCAUGAUCUACUUCGGAGGGCCACCUUCUGGAGAGAGGCUGGGACCCUUGCCACUGUUGAUGAAAGAGGGAGAGCAGAGCCUCUACAGGGAGUUCACAUGGUGGGAGUACAAGAGCGCUGCCUACAGAACAAGGCUGGCUGAUAACAGGCUGGGGCAGUUUGAGCGGUAGGAGAGGUCAGUGCUGCCAUUUGAUGCGUUGGCUUUCCAUAGAUGAGCCAUCGCACUGGUCAAAAAGGCAGUCUUCACAAAGUCACCCUCGUUUAGUUGUUAACAAGAUAACGAUGGAAACAAAAUGAUGUCAGCUUUCUCCUUGUUUAAUCCUUUCCACCCUGCUCUUGCUUUCCUCUACGAUGACAACCCUUUACUCUUGCAUGGAAUCACGAAUGUAAAUGGAUCGUUAAUGUCAUGUUCGAAAUGGUUGCUGCCUUUGCAUA